GUGUGUGUGCUUUUGCAUGCGUCCACCAGGCCCGGCACCAAACACAGUGGAAGAAUCACAGGUAGGCCCUAUUCCCAUGAUGGAGGGAGAAGACCAGGAGGAGGACUCAAAGGAACCAUCUCAAGAUGAGCACAACAAUAGACGUUACAACCGCCGACGCUACCUCCUGUUUUCAGUUGUCUUGGUGUUAUUGGGUGGAGCUGGAGCAAUAAUAUGGUAUUUCUUUGAUUAUAAACCACGUUUUUGGGAGUCAACUGCUCUGCAUUUCUACUCUGGCAGUCUGAGGAUCCUCAACCGGCAGUAUUCCCUGGACCAUGGGCGGAUGGAAUCCAGAGCUUUCUGGACAGAGACGGCCAAGACACAGAAGAUGCUGAAAGAUCUUAUUCACGCCACUGAGCUGGCUCCUUACUACAACUCCAGCACUGUCUAUGCUUUUGGGGAAGGCUCUCUGACCUGCUUCUUCUGGUUUGCUCUUCAAGUUCCCAAAAGCCAGCACAAGGAGAUGACUGCAGAGAAGGUGAACACCAUGCUGUACAGGAAGCUGCUUGCCAGCACCAAUCAAACCAGCCACCUUGCCUAUCAAACCGAGUACAAGAUUGAACCUGAAUCCUUGGUUCUGCUAGAAUCCAGUGUGAAAGACAUAAUAGUGCUGAAAUCCACAUUGGGUUGCUACAGAUACAGCUACAUCGGGGAGGACGAAGCCCUGAGGCUGAAGGGCCCAGAUUACCUGGCCUCCAGUUGUCUGUGGCAUCUUCAUGGUCCCAAAGGUCACAUGAUUAAGCUACGCCUGGAGUGGACCCUCUCGGAAUGCAGGGACAGGCUAGCCAUGUAUGAUGCUGCUGGGCCGCUGGAGAAGCAGCUCAUCACUUCGCUGUAUGGCUGCAGCCGUCAAGAACCCUUGGUAGAAGUCCUGUCUUCAGGACCCGUCAUGUCUGUAGUCUGGAAGAAGGGGAUGUAUAGCUACGAUGAUCCUUUCAUACUCUCAGCCCAGGCAGUGCCUUUUAAAGCCUGCCAGAUGAAUCUGACGUUGCAGGGAAGCCUGGAAAAGCAAGGGAACAUCAAGACUCCCUACUAUCCCAGUUACUAUGCGCCCAAUACACAGUGCACUUGGCACAUGACGGUUCCGUCUCUGGAAUAUGGAGUUGUCCUCUGGUUUGAUGCUUACACUCUCAGCAGACAGACCAGUGAUCUGCCAUGUACUCAAGGGCAGUGGACAAUCCAGAACAGAAGGCUGUGUGGCCUGCGGAGUUUGCAAGCCUAUGCUGAAAGGAUUCCUGUAGUGUCCAGUGCUGGCAUCACCAUCAACUUCACCUCUCAGAUCAUCCUCACUGGGCCUGGAGUACAGGCUGCUUACAGCCUAUAUAAUCAAUCAGACCCAUGCCCCAGGGAGGCCCUUUGUUCUGUGAAUGGCUUGUGUGUCCCAGCUUGUGAUGGGAUCAAAGAUUGCCCCAAUGGACUCGAUGAGAGAAACUGUGUAUGCCCUGCAAAAUUCCAGUGUCAUGAAGACAGCACGUGCCUAGAAUUCUCCAGAGUCUGUGAUAAACAUCUGGACUGUGUCAAUGGGAGUGAUGAGGAACAGUGCAAUGAAGGAGUUCCCUGCAGCCCUUUCACCUACCAGUGUACUGAUAGGAGCUGUGUAAAGAAACCUAACCCUCGGUGUGACUCAGUUCCUGACUGCAAGGAUCGUUCUGAUGAGAUGCACUGUGAUUGUGGCCUACAGGGUCCAAUUAAUCGGAUCGUGGGUGGUGCUGAUUCCUUAGAAGAGGAAUGGCCAUGGCAGGCCAGCCUGCAGGUUCGUGGGCACCAUGUCUGCGGUGGAACAUUGAUUGGAGAGCGCUGGGUGAUCACUGCCGCGCACUGUUUCCAGGAAGACAGGCUGGCUUCUCCCACUGUCUGGACUGUCUACCUUGGCAAGUGUUUUCUGAAUAUAACUAGCCACAAUGAGGUCUCCUUCAAGGUGAGCCGAAUCCUGCAGCAUCCUUACUACGAAGAGGACAGCCAUGACUAUGAUGUGGCACUGCUGCAGCUUGACCAUCCGGUUGUCUUUUCCUCUUCCAUCCGACGCAUCUGCCUGCCUGCCAGCUCCCAUCUUUUUGAGCCUGGCCUCUUCUGCUGGAUCACUGGCUGGGGGGCAGUCAAGGAAGGAGGUCCCACAAGUAAGAUCUUGCAAAAGGCAAACGUAUCACUGGUGCAGCAGGAUAUCUGCAAUGAAGUCUAUCACUACCGGGUCACACCCAGAAUGCUUUGUGCUGGCUCCCAUGAUGGAAAGGAUUCUUGUCAGGGUGACUCUGGAGGCCCUCUUGCCUGCCAGGAGCCUAGUGGCAGGUGGUUCUUGGCUGGCCUGGUGAGCUGGGGCCUGGGCUGUGCACGUCCCAAUUACUACGGAGUCUACACCAGAAUCACCUCAGUGAUAGGAUGGAUGAAGCAGACCAUGAUGAGCUAAACAAUGCCCCUCCCAAUCCUGUAAAACUCCAUAGGCUGCAUGGAGGCACUACACCUGGGCCCCAACGUACCUUUCAAAGUGCUGGACUGCAAGAACGUUCCACAUCCGACCAAAUCCUAUCUGAUUUUCAAGUGCUGAAUAGUGUAGGAGCAGAAGGGGCCUUACGAGGCCAGUAAGGGUAGAUUUUUCAAACAGAUCCAAAACGUGGGGCAACAUUCACACUGAGGAACAAUUGUGAAGUGCAGCUCUCUGCCAUUAUUCAUCUGCCUUCAUAUUGCCACCAAAAGGUAGCAAUCAUGGUUUGUUUAGAAGGUAGUCAAGGUUGACUAACCUGAAGACCUUGAAGAGGGAGUAUCUUCUGAAAUGAAAGGUGGAGGUUAUAACGUGGAAGCUUUUUAUCCUCCCAUGUAGAAAUGCUUUGGGUUUUUUUUUAAAUAGCCAAGCAUUUAUAAUAUGUAGUAAGUGUGCACACUGGAAGAUAAGGGUACAGCAAGCCCUGAGCAGAUGCUGCUGAGGGUGGGUGGAAGAGAUGAACUUCAUGUGAAUGGUGUGAUGCAAUUAUCCAAUGAAAAAAAUCCCAUCAUAGGGCUGCCUAAUGACAGCUCAUGGGACAGCCCUUAAAGGACCACAUGCUCAACUGGAGAAACCUUCAGAAAGUUCCAUCUUGGGACAGGUACCUGAGGCUGCCUAAUACCAAGCCAGACAGUUGGUCUAGCAAGGUCAGUAUUGUUUACUUGGACUGGCAGUGGCUCUCUAGAGUCUGAAGUCUUUCACUUCAGUUACUACCUGACCUUUUUAACUGGAGAUGAUGGGGAUUGAACCUGGGACCUUCUGCACGCAAAGCAGGUGCUCUGUCACUGAGCUACAGCCCCUUUCCCUAAUACUGGCUGCUCCACAAUGAGCUAUGUCUCUGCAUUAACUGAUUUUCAGGUUUGCAUCUCCAUCCAUCACCAGUACACCUGUAUCAGCUCUGUCCAGCCUCCCGCCUGGCUGAUUGCCUCAGUGUGGGGAGCUGUUCUUCGCUUUGAGGCCUAUGCUAGUUUUGCCCUCAUCUUCCAGAGGACACUACCAUCCUGGACACAACCUGAAUAUACAUUCACAGAGUCAUUUUUAAGUACAAGUAA